AUGGUGCUGCCAGUAAUCAAAUAUCGUUCCAUCCUGGACGAAGUUAUAAAUCAGAAGAUUGUGAUCAUAGAUUAUGAAAAGAUAACGAGAGCUACCAGAGGCGAACAUUUUUCUCGUACAGGGUUGUGUGACUUCUACAUGGGACGAGAGAAUAUCCAGGCCCAUUCCGUUGCCAUGAUCAGCCAGAAAGACAGCCCUCUUAUUCCAUCUCUCAAUACACGGAUAAUAUCCAUGACUGAGGCUGGACUUUAUAACUACUGGAACAAUAAAGGGAUCCCGAACUACAGUGCCUGUGAACAAGUGCCGACCAAAAUUACCAUCAGUUCGUCGCUGUCCUUCAGGCAGUGCUGGGCCAUAAUGGUGAUACUGGCGGGAGGCCUCGUGGUGGGGCUGUUCGUGCUUACCAUGGAGGGUGUAGGCGGUGCUGCAUCAUAUAAGACGGUGUCGCUGCAUGUCGAGACUCACUUGGGUCCUUCCUGUCUCCUGCUGUGGACAGAGCCGCUCCUUCACACCACAUCUCUGCGCCUCGGUCUUUCCUUGGUAACGGUACCGGCCUGCAGGGAGGCUUCCAGCAGCAGCCACGCUAUGGAAUUCUCGGGUCCCUUCUGCAUUUGGUCGUCUUCCGUAUCUUGGGUCGUGUUGGUAUUCGUGGUCUUGCUGGAGGGCAAUUCGGCCUUGGAGGCCGGCUGGGAUGCUGACGCGGCUGCGGCCGUGAGAGACGUUCUGUUGGCAUCAUCAGAAAGCGACUCGUCACUGGUCAUUAUUGCAGAAAACAUUGUCCUUGCUGUCAUGAUGACGGUGGAGGUGCGGAUGGCAUCGUGGAUGGUCGUGAUGGUGGUGGUGAGUGACGACCCAGUCUUCCUGGCUGCAUUUGCCCAACAAGCCCGUGAGGGUCGCCUGCUGGUGUGGGCCACGAGGCUCAUUGUGGUGAGCCGUCGCGUCCCGCACAGCCUUUACCCGCUCCACCAGACUCUAGCCCUCACUAACUCCCUCCUGCUGGUGGUGGAUGUCGCGGCGGGGAAUGCCAGACUUUCUUCAGAGUCAGAUUUGAUAGUGGCAAUGGACCGGAACCAAAGACAUAAAAUGAAAGAGCAGCCAGAUCCAAUUGCUCCUGCCGGCGUAAGGGUACAGUUCAAGGGAUUCAUGGUCACCGUUCUCGACUAUUUGUCGCAAGGACUCAACUUCUCGUACACGUUCAAGCGGCCGCAAGAUGGGGCAUGGGGCGCCAAGUUACAGAAUGGUUCCUUCACCGGGAUGUUGGGCCAGGUCUACAGAGAGGAAGUACACUUUGGCCUGGGACCUUUCGGAAUUAACGCCGCUCGUUACGAGGCUGUAGAUUUCACUUGGCCGGUUUUCUUCGUGAACGUCAGGAUCUUCGCUGGUCGAGGAAGUCCCGAGGUGGAUCCGUGGGGUUUUCUUCUUCCCCUGGCUCCGUGGGUGUGGCUAGUGCUGCUAUUAUUUCUUCUCUUUCUUUGCGCUAUCUCUUUCAUACUCUCCAGCAAGUUAUCCCAGAAAUUGGGUGAUAAUGACAAAAUCUUUGCAUCGCGUACAUUGCAUUUCGUUAGCAUCAUGCUUCGCCAAUCCGUGUCUUUGGGUAGUGGCGGGUGGAUGUGGCAGCGCGUGGUGCUGGGUGUGUGGAUACUAAUGACCAUGGUGCUGACGCGGAGCUACGAGGGAAAUCUUAUGUCGCUGCUGGCAGUGAGAUACCUGCCCCAGCCCUACCAGACCCUCAGGGAUGUGGUGGACGACCCCUCGGUGGUCAUGGUCUGGCACAAGCAGGGAGCACCCAUUCAGUCAGUCAUGAUCAAUCAAACAUGUCAUAGACAGGACGCUACUUCUGGGGUUUUCUACGAUGUGAAGGAGACUAUGAAGCAAGGGCGCCUCCAGGAGCAGCUGCCAUUUAAAUAUCUUUCCAUCCUGGAUGAGGUUAUAAGUCAAAGGACAGUGAUCAUAGAUUACGUGAGGAUAACAAAAGCUACGAGAAGCAAAUAUUUUUCUCAAACAGGGCGGUGUGACUUUUACAUCGGACUGGAAAACAUCCAAGCCAAUCCCGUUGCCCUUAUUAGCCAGAAGGACAGUCCCCUAAUUCCACCUCUCAAUGCAAGAAUAAUGUCUUUGACUGAGGCUGGACUUUUCCACCACUGGAAUAACGAGGGGAUCGCGAACUACAGCGCAUGCGAGCGAGUCCCGACCAAGAUCACUAUUAGUUCGUCUCUCUCCCUCAGGCAGUGCUGGGCCAUGAUGGUCGUUCUAGAGGGAGGUUUGGCGGCUGGUCUCGUUAUUCUUGGCGCCGAGGUGAUACUUGCUGGAGUCUUGCGUCACUGAUAAUUGUGUUGCUG